GACAAAGAUCACUCGCGCUCCGCUGCAUCGCCCCAAGGACAAUGCCCGGGUCUCCCACACUGCUCCUCCUGCUCAGCCUGGGGCUCUGCUGCACCGAUGCUCAGGGACAGACGGAUGCAGUGGCGGACAGGUUCCUCAACAGGAAUAUGAAGCAUCCCCAGGAGGGACAGCAACUGGAGCUGGAGUGCCCACCUUAUGACAGGGAUAAACCUAUCUUCUGGAUACGUCUAGAUAAGUUUGGGAACAUCCACUUUCUCGUCUCCAGUACCCCUGUUUCCGUCCAGGGGAUGGCAUUCUAUGGGAGUAAGGGAACAUCUUCACAGUUUGAUACAUGGUGGAGAGGCAACACCAAUCUGCUGGUGGUAAAGAACUUCACAACCCAGGAUGAGGGGACCUAUUUCUGCAUCAGCUACACCAACCAGGUGCUGCACUUCAGCUCUGGACAACCCACUUUCUUCCCAGUCACAACUAAAGCGGCACCCACCACACUUGCAACCACCACCCCCAGCAGCCAGGUCACCAAGAAGGACAAUUCACAACAGAGUCCAGAUGCAGCAGAGCACAUCACACUCAGUGAUUCACACGGAGCAGCCAGGUCACCACAAAGAACAGCUCACAGCAGGGCCGAGAUGCAGGAACAAACAGCAAGAAUACACUGCAUUUCUGCUAUGAUGUGGUCAUGCGGGUUAACCUGGCUGGUGCCUGCCUCCUGCUCCUCACUGCCAUAACCAUCACCAUCACGCACUGCCAAAGUUGGAUCAAUAUUUCUCAAUCUAUUCUGCACUCUCAGACAAUAACUGAAAACUUAGAAACUUCAUUCCAUCAGACUGUAUUGCCUCUACCAUCCCGAAAUACAUAAAUCAGGGAUGGAAGAAGCAGAACCCAAAGCACUGUGUAAUAACAGGAGAAACAUGCUUUAGUACGGGUCUUGCAAGUGUCCAAAUGCCAACACUCGCAGCAGCAGCUUGAGCUACAGCCAAACUACCUCCCACCUCCUGUUGAAACAAAGCUUACGAUUGGAGAGGAAAUUCUGAAACUUUCACUCAGCUUUCAGUAUCGCCUUACCAAAGAGAUCACAUCUUAGAAAUGCGCAAAAGAGAUGGAUGAUCAAAUCCAACCACGUCUCACACUCCACCGUCACUUGCAGGACCAAGCUCACCGUAAGCAAGCAGCGCUGCAUCGCUGCUCAGCAGAAGGCACACAGGCAUCCUCCUCAAGCACCGCACUGAUCCCAUCAGCAACACACAUAGCUGCCCUGAUGGAGCGCGGGCAUUUGGCUGAUCCUUCUCUGCCCAUUCAUCAAUCACACCCAAAACUCUGCUCUCAGACCCCAACCCACAUCUCACUUCUGAAGUCUUCCCAAUUAAACACUUCUAAUUCUUAACGCUCACAGUGUGUCCUAUGCUUUCACUCAAAGUUAUCAUGGGGACAGAGGGACCGAACAUGCUACAACCAACACCACGAUCGCUUCAAAAUAAAAGAAACCCACUCCCAACUAUAUUGACAUAUAAUUGUCUGUCUGGCCAGGGAUCCAUGGUGGGAAGUCUCUCCCAGCUUUUCCAAAUGAAAUCAACACAGCAAGCACUGAGAUCAUUCAUCUCAAACUCACGUCCUCCUG